UUUCACAAAGUUUUUUUGAUUUUUUCCUCUGUGCUCAAGUCAUUUUAAUUGUCAAACUGGCGGUCGACGGAUCUGGCAUUUUCGACAUGCUGAAAUUUUUGUUAACUUUUAGUGCUGGUAUCUACACUGGUAUUUAUAUCAGUCAAAAUUAUGAGGUUCCUCGUGUUGAUGAGCCAAGUAAAAUAAUUGACAAAAUUAAAGAAUUGGCCGAUGAACACCGUAAAAAGUCCCCGGCUGAGCAGCUGUUACACGAUGUCAAGAAAAAUGCCAAGAAAAUUGUUGACUAAACUGUCUUGGGAAUGUCAAC